AUGAAGUCUGAUUUCAGAUUCUCAAACCUGCUGGGAACUGUCUACCGACAAGGAAACAUUAUCUACAACGAAGAAGGUACGUUGCUGCUUUCUCCUGUGGGAAAUAGAGUUUCCGUGUUUGAUCUAGUGAAUAAUAAAUCCUUCACUCUGGACUACGAACAUCGCAAGAACAUCGCCUGCAUUGCUCUGAACAGGCAAGGAACGCUACUUCUCUCCGUUGAUGUUGACGGGAGAGCCAUUCUUGUUAAUUUCAAGGCCCGCACGGUCUUACAUCACUUCAAUUUCAAAGAAAGAGUCCACGAUCUUCAAUUUUCACCUAGCGGUACGCAUUUCGCUCUGGCAGCCGGCAGGUUCGUCCAGGUGUGGAAAACUCCAGACGUUGCUGAAGAUCGCCAGUUUGCGCCCUUUGUACGCCAUAGAGUGUAUGCUGGACACUACUCAGACAUCACGUCUAUUUCUUGGUCUGGAGACUCCAGAUACAUUUUGUCGACCAGUAAGGAUCUGACAAGCAGGAUUUUUUCGUUACACAGCGAGGAUAGAGACGUCAAAAUGACCUUGGCGGGACACAGAGAUUAUGUUAUGAAGGCAUUUUUUGACAAGGACCAGGAGAUAAUAUACACUAUAUCGAAAGACGGAGCUCUUUUCAGAUGGGAGUACACAGAAAGACCCGGAGAGGAGGAAAUGGUUGAGGAUCAAAAGCACAUGAGCUGGAGAAUCAUCUCAAAACACUUUUUUUUCUCGGAACACAACGUCAAAUGCGCCACGUUCCAUGCUCCAACCAACUUGCUCAUUGUUGGCUUUUCCAACGGAGAGUUCCGCUUAUACGAUCUGCCUAGUUUCACGAUGCUCCAGCAGCUGUCGAUGGGGUUCAAUGCUGUGAACACUGUUGCCAUCAAUUCGACGGGAGAGUGGGUUGCUUUUGGGUCUAAGAAGCUCGGACAGCUGCUCGUGUACGAAUGGCAGUCAGAGUCGUAUAUUCUUAAACAGCAGGGACAUUUUGACGCAAUGAACUGUCUUGCCUAUUCGCCGGAUGGCAGCCGAAUUGUCACCGCUUCAGACGACGGAAAAAUCAAGAUCUGGGAUGUUGUUUCCGGUUUUUGUCUGGCCACCUUCGAGGAGCACACUUCCGCUGUGACCCAGGUUGUUUUUGCGAAAAAGGGCCAGGUGAUGUUUUCCUCGUCUUUGGACGGUACGGUCAGAGCAUGGGAUCUCAUUAGAUAUAGAAAUUUCCGUGUGUUCACGUCCACCACCAGAAUGCAGUUCAGCUGUCUUGCUGUUGAUCCGAGUGGAGAAAUCGUUUGCGCGGGCUCUCUCGAUGAGUUCAGCAUCCAGGUCUGGUCUGUGCAGACCGCACAGCUACUUGAUCAACUUGCUGGCCACGAAGGCCCGGUGUCGUGCCUAAGCUUUGGCAGCGAGGGCUCCCCGUUGCUUGCCAGUGCGUCGUGGGACAAAACCAUUAGGAUCUGGGACAUAUUCAGCAGAACUCAGACAAGCGAGCCUUUUGAUGUGCUCCACGAGUGUCUGUCGUUAGCCAUGCGGCCAGAUUCCAAAGAAGUCGCUGCCUCCACGCUUGACGGACAAAUCACGUUCUGGGACGUGCAGCAGGGAAAGCAGGUGAGACAAAUUGACGGAAAAAAUCACAUAAUAGCAGGCCGGUACGUGGAAGACCGGUUUGUUGCUGCGAAGUCGGCGAGAGGCAAAUACUUCUCCACCAUCGCCUACAGUUUUGACGGACUGUCUAUGGUGGCUGCAGGAAACAACAACUCGAUAUGUCUCUAUGAUCUCCCCAACGAGGUGCUUCUCAAACGGUUCACCGUGUCGCAGAAUAUGCAGCUGAACGGAACUUUGCAGUUUUUGAACUCAAAGAACAUGACUGACGGUGGUCCACUUGAGCUCAUCGACGACGACGGAGAACUAUCGGAUUUGGAGGAAAGAAGACGGAACGAUUUCUCGUUGCCGGGGUCCAAUAGAGGAGAUCCGUCAGCAAGAGCCACGCGGCCGGAGAUCCGGGUCACCAGUGUGCAGUUCUCUCCAACAGCCAACGCUUUUGCCUGUGCUUCCACCGAGGGGCUUCUGAUCUACAGCGUGGACGACAGUCUGGUGUUUGAUCCGUUUGACUUGGACGUCGAUGUGACUCCAGAAGCUACAUUGGCCGUGUUGAAGGACGGCGAAUAUAUGACUGCUCUCGUGAUGGCGUUCAGACUGAACGAGACGUAUUUAAUUCACAAGGUUUACGAAGCCAUCAAGAUUAGCGACGUGCCGCUCGUUGUGCGAGACUUGCCCUUGGUCUACGUGGAGAAACUGUUUUCGUUCAUUGGCUCGAUCCUUAUGGAAAGCGCGCACAUUGAAUUUAAUCUGGUGUGGAUUGCAACCAUUUUACGGGUGCAUGGAAAAUAUAUCACAAAGAACAGACACCAAUUUGCGAGCUCGAUGCGUUUGGUUCAAAGGUUCCUAAACAGGGUGGCCAAGGACGUGGUCAGUGCCGGCAUCAGAUCCGAGCAGUUCUAUCUUUACCUCAGUGCAGACAAGGAAAAGCCCGCCAUGCAGAUUGAUGGAAGCGAAAACGGCGGAGCUCCGGAGAGCACAUCUGACUCGGAGUCUGACCAGGAGUCCGACCAGGGGAGGAUGAGCGAUAUAGAGGACGAUGGUUGGUUUGGCCCUGGACAGCAAAAAGAGCUUUCCCUACGGUUUGAUGGCUCAGGUGAUGAAGAUAUAUAA